UCUGCUCGGCCGCCGGUUCCGGAGGAGGGCUGGAGCCGGCUGGGUGGGUGGGGGAAGUGCGGCUGGUAACCUGGCAGCCGCCGAGAGAGAGAAGAUUAUAAAUGCCAGAGCCAUUUAAAUGAUGGUUAGCUGUUGAAUUCUGACACUUCCUUAAAUACCUUCUUGCACCAACAUCUUCAGUGCGAAGAGUUCAGGAAAAGUAGCAGAGGGCAGGAGAGACAACAGUUACAUGUACCAUGGCUAUACCAAUAACAGUACUUGACUGUGAUCUCUUGCUAUAUGGCCGAGGUCACCGGACAUUGGACCGCUUUAAGCUGGAUGAUGUGACAGAUGAAUACUUGAUGUCCAUGUAUGGGUUUCCUCGACAGUUCAUUUAUUACUUGGUGGAGCUCUUGGGGGCGAGUCUUUCUAGACCUACUCAGAGAUCCAGGGCUAUUAGCCCAGAGACACAGAUCCUUGCAGCACUGGGCUUCUAUACCUCAGGUUCCUUCCAGACUCGGAUGGGAGAUGCUAUUGGAAUCAGUCAGGCAUCUAUGAGUCGAUGUGUUGCCAAUGUCACCGAAGCGCUUGUGGAAAGAGCUUCGCAGUUCAUCCGCUUUCCAGCUGAUGAAGCCUCCGUGCAGGCUCUGAAGGAUGAAUUCUAUGAGUUGGCAGGGAUGCCAGGGGUCAUAGGGGUGGUUGACUGUAUCCAUGUGGCAAUCAAGGCACCAAAUGCUGAAGACCUUUCCUAUGUGAACCGCAAAGGUCUUCAUUCUUUAAACUGCCUCAUGGUGUGUGACAUCAGAGGGGCACUGAUGACUGUGGAGACAAACUGGCCGGGGAGUCUCCAGGACUGUGCUGUGCUACAGCAGUCUUCUCUCAGCAGUCAGUUUGAAGCUGGGAUGCACAAAGAGAGCUGGCUGCUUGGUGACAGUUCCUUCUUUCUCCGCACCUGGCUUAUGACCCCACUUCACAUUCCUGAAACUCCAGCCGAAUAUCGCUAUAAUAUGGCCCAUUCUGCAACUCACAGUGUGAUUGAGAAGACUUUCCGAACCCUCUGCUCCCGAUUCCGCUGCCUGGAUGGAUCCAAGGGGGCACUGCAGUACUCACCGGAGAAGUCCAGCCACAUCAUCUUGGCCUGCUGUGUCCUCCACAACAUCUCCCUGGAGCAUGGGAUGGAUGUCUGGUCCUCUCCAGGGACAGGACCUGUGGAACAGCCUCCCGAGGAAGAGUACGAGCACAUGGAGUCCUUGGAACUGGAGGCUGACCGUAUCCGUCAGGAGUUGACGCUCACUCACUUCAGCUAAUGUGGAAGGUGGGGAGGAGGGGGCCUUUCCAGAAGGAGCUGUGACAAACUUUCCCCCUCACCACCCCCUACACAGUUCCAUCAUCUAGCAUGACUGAGCGUGUGGACACUUGUCACAAGCUGACAUUUAAUCUGCGUGUUUUAGAAAGGUUGAGGCUAGGCCAGAAUAUCUCGAUUCAUUUGCAACUUUAUUAACUAAACCAAAACCUCCGAGACAACAGUUCUCUACUAUCCAUUGAACACCAGGUUAGCACCACUCACUCAUUUGGAAAUUCCCUGGUUACAGACAUUUAUAUCGUGCUUACAAAAUCAAAGCAAAGGGAAAAAUAGCAUCUAGACAGCCAGAACACUUUGUUUCAGUUAUCUAGAGAUUUCAAAAGAAAACAAUAUCUGUCCUGAAAAAUUUGGAUGGUAUUUUAGCUUUUCUACUUUACUACCUAUAUAGGCAUAAUCUGAGGCAAGUGUGAAGAGUAAAUUUCAGUUGGGAAAUAGUCUUCUGACAUAAAUAAAUGGCUACUAAUGUGA